GGACGUGCUCUUAUUUUGAAAGAACCGGAAGUUUACCGCGAUCAGUGUGUACCUGGCGCUUCCGCGUUGUCAGAAAGUUCAAUUAACACAUCAACGAGUUUGACAGACUCGCCGUCUUCCAGCAGGAGCAUCGCUGUAAAACACCCAAACAGGACGGGGGUGUGACGUCAUCUGAUGCCCCUCCGCUGCUACCUGCCACCAUCACCGUUGUCGUCAUGUCUCUGGGCGACAGCCCUCACCUGCUGCUGGGGAGGAUCCGGUUCCUGAACAGCUGUAUCGAGAGUUUUAGGAAGAGCGAGCCGGUACCAGAGUCCUUGUGUUAUGUUCCCAGAGAGGUGUGCUACAAAAUCUGCAAGGAUUCCUCCUCCAACUUCUCCGCCUCCUCUGGGGCAACCUCUGGAGGUUCCUUGGUUGGGAAGACCCUGGUGUCUGUCUUUGAGAGUCCUCAUCAGACUCCCCAUAAUAAGAAAUCAUGUAAGUUCAGCAUUGAACCAAAGAAAGGGACAUGCAUACGGACCACCGGAGAGGAGUACUGCAACAGCCAGGGCCUUUGGGUGAAAAUGAACAAGGAGCAGCUGGACGAGCACCGGCCCGGCCAGGAGCUGGAGGAAGGCUGGAUUCUGGUGUGCAAACACACAGAGGGGGGCGACAGGCUGGUCCCUGUGGAGUCACCAGAGUCGCUCAGCAGGCAACAGCAGCUCUUUGGCUAUGACCACAAGCCCUGCAACAGGUGGGAACAGGUGGUGGAUGUAGGGAACGCGCUCUACAUUGGAUCCAAACCAAAGAUUGCAGACUGUGAUGCUGCAGCGGUCCAAAGGCUCAGGUAUGUUCCUCCAAACUGGACUUAUGAAAGUGAUGAGGACUUGGUGCAUUACUUCUACGAAUACAUUGGAAGAGAAGAUGAAAACCUUGGAAGUGUGAAGCAGUGUGUGACCAGCAUAGAUGUGUCUUCUUGCCUUGAAGAUCCCAGUGUGGGUGCAAACUGUCUGACAGACGGCGACACUGAAACCUACUGGGAGAGCGAUGGGAUGCAGGGACAGCACUGGAUCCGUCUGCAUAUGAAGAGAGGCACGGUCGUGAAUAAGCUGAUCCUGACAGUGGACUCCACAGAUGACAACUACAUGCCUAAGAGAGUCACAGUUUAUGGAGGGGAGGGAGACAACCUGAAGAAGCUGAGUGACGUGACCAUCGAUGACAAUCUGAUAGGGGAAGUGUGUGUGCUGGAGGAUAUGACCUCCCACCUGCCCGUCAUCGAGGUUCGAAUCGAGGAAUGUCGCGACGAGGGGAUAGACGUCCGGAUCCGAGGUUUGAAGAUCAAGUCUUCCUGUGAGAGGGACUUGGGUCUGAAUGCUGAUGUUUUUCAGUCCUCUAACCUGGUGCGCUAUCCGCGUCUCCAGGGAACGCCGCCCGAUGUGCUGUACCGCAGGGCAUUGGUCAUCCAAAGGUUCAUUUGCCUCCUGGACGGCGUGCUGCCACACUUGGUGCCAGCCUGGGAUUAUAGUCUGGGUACCUUCAACCAGAUCAAAAGUAUAAAGCGGUUCUUACUGUUGUCCAAGCGCCGGUCAGCCCUCAUCACUCAGUGUCUGAAGGACUCAGAGACGAGUAAGCCAAACUUCAUGCCACGACUUUACAUAAAUAGACGUCUGGCCAUGGAGCACCGGGACAACCCGUCUCUGGACCCAAGCUGCAAGAAUGCUGUGUUCAGUCAGGUUUACGAGGGUUUGAAGCCAUCUGACAAACUAGAGAAGACUCUGGAUUACAGAUGGCCAGCUCGAUAUGACCAGUGGUGGGAAUGCAAGUUCAUCGCAGAGGGAAUCAUCGACCAAGGUGGAGGGUUUCGGGACAGCCUGGCAGAUAUGUCGGAGGAGCUUUGCCCCAGCUCAGCCGAGUGUCCCAUACCUCUGCCAUUUUUCCUCCGGACGUCUAACCAGGGCUCCUUGGAGGCCAGAGAUUACUAUGUUCCCAAUCCAUCCUGCAAAGACUUCCAGAAAUACGAGUGGAUCGGUCAGCUGAUGGGGGCUGCACUCAGGGGGAAAGACUUCUUGGUCCUGGCUCUGCCCGGCUUGGUGUGGAAGCAGCUGACUGGUGAGGCCAUCAGCUGGAGCAAAGACUUCCCUUCAGUUGACUCUGUGCUGGUAAACUUGCUGGAGGCCAUGGAGAACAUGGACAAGGAGACCUUUGAGUUUAGGUUCGGAGAAGAGCUGGUCUACAACACGCUGCUGACAGACGGUCAGAUGGUGGAGCUUAUCCCAGGCGGCAGCAGCGUGGCGGUGCGCUACGAGGACCGCAGUGAGUUUGUCCACUUGGUGCAGAAAGCUCGACUGGAGGAGAGUAAGCAGCAGAUUGCAGCCAUGCAGGCAGGGCUGCUGAAGGUGGUUCCUCAAGCUGUGUUGGACCUGCUCACCUGGCAGGAAGUGGAGAAAAAAGUCUGUGGAGACCCUGAGAUCAGUGUGGAAGCUCUGAAACGACUCACACGCUUUGAAGAUCUGGAACACAACGAUGUUCGAGUGCAGUAUUUAUGGGAAGCCCUGAGAAACUUCACCAAUGAGGACAGAAGCAGAUUUCUGAGGUUUGUCACUGGGCGAAGUCGUCUUCCUGCGCCCAUAUAUGUCUUUCCUGAAAAACAAGGCUCUGAAACCACGGAUGCACUUCCACAGUCCUCCACAUGUUCAAGCACUCUUUAUCUGCCCAACUACCCGAGCGCAAAGGUCUGUGAGGAGAAACUGCGAUAUGCUGCGUACAACUGCGUUGCCAUCGACACGGACAUGAGUCCAUGGGAAGAGUGAUCUCUCUGCUGUCUCCAUCAAUGCUGCUUUCUUCAAAUCACAGCUACUCCCUUCAAUUUACAGUUUAUCGACCCAUAUGUCAAUAAAAAAAAAACUGUAAAUAAUAAAGUUAUGUCGAAACAUUAA